CUGGAGCCGCUUCCUGAACGUCCACGACCACCACUCAUUCCUUGCACCCCACUUCGCACGCACCGCUCCAAUGCGGGGUUAUUAGACAUCAGAUGGACUUCUGGGUAAGGUUACUCGGCGGCUCUUCCCAGAAGAAACAGGCCGCUCCGAACAACCCGCAGCAACGUCUGGCACGCUUUCGACAGCGCUACAACCAAGUUCUGUCACAAUGGCAGAAAACACAGAACCUCGCCAACGACCGCGAGGCGCUGAACAACAUCCGCCGCGGCUUCCAGGCCCUGACCGCAAUCCUCAACGAUGAAUCCCGGUCGCCAGCGCCUCACCUGUGCCUACAAUUCGCGGCUGUUCAGCAGAUAUACACCGGCAUUUCAAAGAUCGCGGCAACGUCCUUCGAUGAGGGUGUUGUGCGAGACGCUGUUGCUUUCUACAAUGCGCUCAUCGAUAGCGAGGAGGAGGACUUCUUGGAGAACGACGUCUUUGCAGUAUCCCUCAUGAACUUUAUAAACAGGACGGUAGGCUCCGGCGCCAUGAACGUUGGAGAGGAUAUAGAAGCGGAUAUUGUCGAGCUGCUCUUCGGAAUUGCGGCCAAGAUCAGGUUACAGCCAGAGAUAUUGCCAGUGUGGUUCACCACCACCACCGACACGGCUAGCCGGGCUCAGGCGCAGGGCAGCGAUUUUGCUGGUGUGACACAAAAGGAAGACUUUCCUUUGUGCUAUCAGCUUAUCGACCACGUUCACCAUGAGGGACGCAUCGGAGACUUCGCUCGCACCGGCUUGCUUUACGUGUUUGAGUCGGCUUCGAAGUCGAUGACUCUCGAGCAGUGGAUAGUCAAUAGUGAUUUGCCUACACUGAUGGCUUCGGGGCUGGGUGCGCUAUACAGUCAACUUAGCAGAAAGCUUUCGAUCCUGCAUCCACAAGACAACCUUCCACUCGUACUGUCCUUCUCCGACUACGUGGAAACAAAACCCAAUAACGAUACCGAGAACCUCCACACCGACGAGUUUCAGAGUCAUAUUGGCACGUUCUUGUCGUAUCUCGCAUUCUGGCAAGAUGUGCUAGAACACUGUCGAUCUGCAGACGUCAGGCAUACACUAAUUGAUCACUUCCACGUCCUGUUUCUCCAGCAGCUCCUUUACCCAUCUCUGUUGGAGUCUUCUGAUGCCGAUGGCGGUUCCUCUGUUGCCGUGCUCACAUAUCUGCGACGGAUUCUUGACGCCCUCGACCACCCCGAGCUCGUUCAUAUGAUCCUACAAUACCUUCUUGCACUGCCAGAUCGUGCAAUAACGGGCAGGGCCCCCCGGUCAUCUGCUGCAGUCAAGCGACGUCGAACUCUCGUGCUCAUGACACAAAGUGAGAAAGAAGAAGAGCGGCUGAACCCAUCCUUGUUCAACCUUGUCGAUCUGAUUCUGGGCAGCACUGACUCUCGGAACUCACAGACCGUCACAUCAGCACUGAAGCUUACCACUGUCAUUCUUGGCAAGAACCACAGUUAUGGACUGGGAUCUUUGAUCAAAGUUAUGAACGUACACUACAAGGAACCACAUCGGACUGCCGGGGCUCUGAACAUCGAGCUCGAGACCUAUUUGAACCUUGCAAUUGGCCUCGCUGGUGAGGAUGGGGUCGACGAAGCCUACGAGAUGCAUUUGAGAGACACCCAAAGCCUGCUCGAAAGUCAUCCCUGUUCUCUGAAGACCUUAGCUCUUCCUCCCACGCAAGGCUCUGGCUACUACGAGUCCGCUGAAAGCAGUGGCAGAGAAGUACAUCAGCACUAUCUGAUUCCAGAGGAUCCACUCUUCAAAUCUCUGAUUGAACUACUGUUAACCUUCCUUACGAACGACGUGGAGACCAAUCUGGCAUUGACGGAAGCGGUCAUAAAUCUUGGCACAUGCUCUCAACUCCGUCUCGAGGGCUGGCUCUCGGUUGAUCCUGCCGAUUAUCGCUUUGAGGAUACUGUGCCAGAGACCAUCGUCUUCUCAAAUGAUAGUCUCCGGGAUGUAUACAUGGCGAGUCGCACACCGACUUGGAAUCCAUCAGCUACACCACAGCUGCUUGCGUGCAUACAAAAUGUUCAUGCGCAGGUAGCAGCUCUCCGCGCCGAUGUACCCGAUUGGGAUGAGCAUGUCACGCAUCGUAAGAAUGCAUUCCGUUUCCAUGAGGAAAUGCACGACGCGAUGAAACAAGCGGUAAUGCAGCCUAAAGCCGUCCAGCAACUUCCAGAGGCUCCGGUAGGAUCGUGGACGCCACAGCUGCCAAAACAUGUGUUGGACAACUCUGCAACACCGUCAAGAGCGCAGUCUCCAAGAGGCCGAAAAGACACGCUCUCGGAACACAAGAGUUCUCAAGCAUCCUCUCCAGCGCCGUCGAAAGCUGCCAGCCUUGCGAGUCCGCCUCCAGGAACAUCGUCACCUUUGCAAGGUGGGAAACGCCAGACCACACUGUUCUCAGACAUCGACGCAAAUCUCGCAGGUUUUAGACAGUCCGAUUUACUUAGGAGGCGGAUACGAUUUCGCCGACCUGCUGGUUCGCAGGAUGUCGAGGUCAUGCUGUCGAAAUAUCAGCCCCCACCAAAGGAGCCUACUGACGAUACUUCAGCCGGUGCAGAGACAAGCAAGGAGCAGGACGAUAUCCGCGAAGCUAGUCUUCUACAUAUCAUCACGAACGUGGUUGUACUCCAGGAAUUCGUGUUGGAGCUGGUGGCUCUGAUGCAGGUCAGGGCGAGCUUGUUCAACGAGAUCAAGUUUUCUUGAGUCGUUGCUUGUUGAAACUAUGAGUUUUCGGAUGCGAGUUAGACGGCAUAGCGAAUAUACCCCUUUUGUGUUUGGCAUCCUCAAGCGAGCAUAAUUCGAGUUUUCGCA